UGCCGCACCAGCCCGGAAGUAAGACGUUUAUUGACAAUAUGGCCGCUGUGCUGGGCUUGGAUUUGUCAAAAACUGGAAUUUGACAGCACUCACCUGGGCUGCGAUAAUAACCCAUUUCCACCUCAGGAGUGUCCAGAACAGAUGCAUUUGAAUGAAGGGACCCGCGGAGCCACGGGAUGGUGUCAGUGAGCUGAGGAAACGGUCACAGUGUGAAACCCGUCAUGUCGUUUUUCAAGAGGAAAGCCAAAAGCAAAGAACCCGAGAGAGCGACGGACGCUAAAGCCAAUAGAGCCUCACCCAGCCCUCACUCUCCAUCACCAGGACUGAGGAACCACCAUGCCACCCAGGACGCUGCCGGGCCCAGCCCUGUGGCCAUCAACGCCAUCUCUGCCAACAUGGACUCCUUUGCCCGCGGUCGCACCGCCAUCCUCAAGAAACAGCCGAGCCACAUGGAGGCUGCGCACUUUGGAGAUCUUGGUCACUCCAGUGUGAACUAUCAUCCCCAAGAUGACCGCUCUCGGCUGUCUAAGACGGUGGAGCACGUCCUCCGGGACAACGUGGCGAUACCCCACUACAUGCAUUUCAUGGAACACCAGGGCGCCGACCACCUGGUCCGCUUCUGGCUGGAGGCUGAGAGCUUCCGCUCGGCCAGCUGGUCGCGGGUCCGAGCGCACAGCCUGAACUCUGUCAAACAAAGCUCUCUGGCCGAGCCCGUCCCCGUCUCCCCCGGCGGCUCGGAGCCACCGCCGGAGCUGGCCCGACGCGCACCCGAUGCUCUCGCCCGGGACAGUAGCGGCGAGCGGCCGGCGGCGCACUGGGAGCGCCGGGACUCCUCCAGCGCAGAGGCCGACCUGAGACCCGACACUCCUCGAGCAGAAACCCCCUGCAGGCAGGCCCAGUCCGGGACAGGGACUCCCUACAAGGUGCAGUCAAUCAGCACCCUGCGAGACCUCUCUGUCCAACUCAUGAAAAGUAUAGAGAAAGAUGCAGUUACAAUCUUCACCAAGUACAUCUCUCCGGACGCUGUGAAGCCCAUCCCCAUCACAGAACAGAUCAGAAACGACAUUGUCGCUAAGAUAUGUGGCGAGGAUGGCAUGGUGGACCCAAACUGCUUUGUCAUUGCACAGUUGGUAGUCUUCGCCAUCUUGGAACAACAGCACUUUACUGAAUUCCUGCGGAGCCAUCAUUUCUGUAAAUACCAGAUCGAAGUGUUGACCAGCGGCUCGGUGUUCCUGGCUGACAUCUUGUUCUGUGAGUCGGCUCUCUUCUACUUCUCUGAGUACAUGGAAAAGGAGGAGGCGAUGAAUGUACUGCAGUUCUGGCUGGCGGCGGACAACUUCCAGAACCAGCUAGCGUCUAAAAAGGGCCAGUAUGACGGCCAGGAGGCUCAGAACGAUGCCAUGAUCCUCUACGACAAGUAUUUCUCACUCCAAGCCACCAACCCUCUGGGCUUCGGUGACUCUGUGCGGAUGGAGAUAGAGUCGAACAUCUGCCGAGAGGGGGGGCCGCUCCCCGACUGUUUCACCACUCCACUCAGACAGGCCUGGACCACCAUGGAGAAGGUCUACAUGCCGGGCUUCCUGUCUAGCAACCUUUACUACAAAUACCUGAGUGACCUCAUCAACUCGGUACGGGCGGACGAGUUUGUGAAUGUCAGCACUGCAGGUCAGGGCGGGCCGGUGGACGGCGAGCGCUCAAGUUCAAAUGUCGGCGAUGGCUCUCAGACUCAGCAAGGUGCCAAAAGGGCAGCGAUCAAGAUCCUGAAGAACUUUGACGAGGCGAUCACGGUGGACGUGGCCAGCCUGGACCCCGAGUCCUUGUACCAGCGGCCCUACGCUGGAAGGAUGACGUUUGGGAAGGUGAAUGAGAUGGGCCAGUUUAUCAGGGAGGCCGAGCCGGAGCCGGACGUGAAGAAAUCCAAAGGUUCCAUGUUUUCUCAAGCCAUGAAGAAGUGGGUGCAGGGCAACUCAGACGAGGCCCAGGAGGAGAUGGCGUGGCAGAUAGCCAAGAUGAUCGUCAACGACGUCGUCCACCAGUCGAAUCACGACAGCCCCGGCAAGGCCACCAAGUUAUGACCCCGCUGAGGAACCAGAGGACUGUCGCUCCCCACGGACGCCGGCCCAGCCCCUGACAGACUGUACAGCAGGGUUCACCCCACAAUGGAAUGGACCUGCAUCGCUCUGAGAACAAACAAGGCGUUUUAU